CGACGCAGUUUACUCACAUCUCACGAGCGGGCUCAGUUCACAGUUGAAGAUAAUAGCCGGUACACAUUCCACGUGCUUCCCGGAUAUAAUUAAAUACGUUCGCGUGAGAGAAAAUGAGUUUUUUAAAGCUGUGUAGGCGAAAUCGAUUUGUGUUGUGACUUGGAAAGCCCAUCUCUCUUUUUUUACUUUAAACGCGUUUUUUGGAAAUAUUCCCCAUAGUUGGAGGUUGUUGCAACCAUUUUUAUUCCAAGUAUGGACAAGACCCAUCUUUCAAGCACUAAUGACAUAAUUAUGACGAGCUCAUCAGGCCCAUAUCAACAGGAACCCCUCACUCCACCGAGGCAAAGCCAUCAUCACUCCUCAUCCUCUUCUUUAUCCUCACCCUCUCCUUCCUCAUCCUCAUCUCCCCUCAAACCCAACCAGGUUGGUCAGGUCAUCCUUUAUGGUGUCCCUAUUGUAUCACUGGUCAUUGACAAUAAUGAGAGACUUUGCUUGGCGCAAAUUUCCAACACGCUGCUGAAGAAUUACAGUUAUAAUGAGAUCCAUAAUCGUCGCGUUGCGCUGGGCAUCACCUGUGUCCAGUGCACGCCGGUGCAGCUGGAGAUCCUCCGCAGGGCCGGCGCCAUGCCCAUCUCAUCACGCCGCUGUGGCAUGAUCACCAAGCGCGAAGCCGAGCGGCUGUGCAAGUCCUUCCUCGGAGAGAACGCUCCACCAAAGCUGCCUGACAACUUUGCCUUCGACGUAACACAUGAGUGUGCCUGGGGUUGCCGCGGCAACUUCAUACCGGCGCGCUACAACAGCUCCAGGGCCAAGUGCAUCAAGUGCUCUUUCUGCAACAUGUACUUCUCUCCGAACAAGUUUAUUUUCCAUUCCCACCGCACGCCGGAUGCCAAGUACACUCAGCCUGACGCCGCCAACUUUAACUCCUGGCGGCGGCAUCUCAAGCUCACUGACAAGCACCCACCUGACGAGUUAGUUUACGCGUGGGAAGACGUCAAGGCUAUGUUCAACGGAGGCAGUCGAAAGAGAGCGCUGCCCUCGUCAGCCCAGUGCUCCUCCAUGGGUCCCAUGAAGGCCCUCCCGGGUUCGGUGGUACCUCACAUGAUGGGGCCUGAUCUGGGCGCUCAGAAAAGAGCCCGCUUCGAGGAUGAGGAUGAUCUGGACGGGGGGAACCUGUCCCCUCGAAAAACGCCACGCAGCUACCCGGUCAUCCCCGUCCCAAGCAAAGGUUUUGGCAUGUUGCAGAAGUUCCCUCCCACGUCCCUCUUCCCGUCCCCUUAUCCUUUCCCUGCAUUCGGCCUCUGCCAGCAGAAAAAAGAGGACAGUGAUGUUUCAUCCGGACAGAAAGGAGCAGGGUUGUCUGGGCUGUUAUGGCCUGGCCGCAAAGACACUUUUUAUCCUCCUUUCUGCAUGUUUUGGCCACCAAGAGCAGCGGGAGGAAUCCCCGUCCCCACCUACCUCCAGCCUCAGCCCAACACCCUCUCCUCUCUCACAGACAACCCCUCUCUCAGGCAGGCCUUUCUGGAUCUCUCAGACCACGGUGAAUCUGGAGCAAUAAAUGGCAACGCAACGGGAGUUGGUGCCGGCAUGGCAUCCAACAGUGGGACCGCCACGUCCAGAACUGGAUUGUUUGACUCGGACUGCUCGACAGUGGCCCCUGACCUCCGACCUGUGACAUCAGAGGGAUGGCUCAAGAUUUUGGACAACCCAAGCCUCCAAACGAGAAAGCCGAGUUACGGCUCGGCCUUUCGCCCAGUCAUCAAGGACGCAGAGAGCAUCGCCAAGCUCCACGGCAACAGCGCAGGAGUCGCGGGGGCAACAGACGAGGACUUUGGAGUGGUGGGCUCUGGGUCGGACCGACACCAGCGACUGUCCCCCACCAGCAGCUGCAGCUACGGCAGCGAAAGCGGAGGAGACGGAGAACCGGAGGGAGGAGAGAGCGAAGAGGAGGGGGACGUCGAUGUGGAGUCAUCGAAGCAGGAGGACGAGGAAGAGGAGGGAAGUUUCACAAGCAGGCCACCACAGACUCAGCCCAACCUGUACCUAACCACCGCGAGUGACAGCGCCGGAGAGGAAAGGGGGCAGGAACGAGGGAGUGGUGCCAUGUAUCCCAGCAACUCCCCGCGAUCCUCCUCAAAUCCCAUCCUGCAGGAGUCCCCGAGCCUUCCUGCCUCUCCUCGUGCAAGCCUGCCUCUCUCCAGCUCCACCCCGCCUCACAGAGAGGACGGCGCUUACAAAAACGUUCAGAAAAAUAGAGACGAAGGGCUGCCUGCUUAUGCAACCAAAGACAAUUCCAGCAUAUCUGAUGAAAACAAAGAGCAGAGUAGCUUCUUUGUGGCCGAGAGUGAGGCAUCAGCACCGGACUAUUGGAGGGAGAGCUCAGGUGAUCAGAGCAGAGGGGCUGCCUCUCCUGUGCCACUAAAGAAGGAUGUGGAGAACAUGGAGAAAGAGGAGCUCCAGAAGGUUCUGUUGGAACAGAUCGACUUCAGGAGAAGACUGGAACAAGAAUUCCACGCGCUAAAGGGAACCUCACCGUUUCCUGUUUUCCAUGAAAAGAGAGCUCGCCUACAGGGAGGAAAUGGUCCAGCAGUUACAGAUGAUUCCAUACGCAAACAUGAUAAGAAAAGAAAAGAUCACUUCCCAUCUCAGCAAAUAGCUAAAGGGGCAAUGAAUCGAGAAGAAAAAGCUGUUUGGACUUUUUGUCCAUGUAAAAAUAAGAAUUAAAAGAUUCAGAGGUGACACAAAAAAAUAAAAACAGAGAUGUAGGAUUGAAACAGAGAGGAAGAUAACACUAUUAUAUACAUAUGCGUUUCCUACCACAGGACAGCCCUGGACAGUGUCCCCUCUGCCAAUGGCCCUGUAAACAUUCUAUGCUCACAUCUCUGUGGACCACUUUGUACUGAUACCAACUUACUGGUAAAAAAAGAAAAAAAAAACCCUCCUGUCUCAUUUUCCCAGGAGGUCGGGUUGUUUUGUUUUUUUCUCCGAUCCGACUCAAUUGAAAGUGGAUGAUGCAAACUGAUAACUCCAGGAGAAAUGGAACAGUUCCCUGUGCUUCAUCCUCAUUAUCUUGUCAGAAUUUACCUGAUCCAAAUGGGACCUGGCAAAUAAGGCCUUUGCCAACUCUAAAGCUGUUGAGGACUAUUUAGAAAAGCAGCUGUAGACACCAGAAAAACCAGUGACAAGAAGCUACGGAAGGAAGAAUGGGAGAUUUCAUCUGUGUUCCUGACUGCGUUCGGUCCAAAAGCGGGCACAUCAGACUUUAUUUAUUUAUUAUCAAGUUUGAUUCCAAAGGGAUUCACCUCAUCCUGUGGGGCUGUGACUCUUCCCAGUUUACACAAAUCCUCAUUACAACCAUAUAUAAACAUGACUUAAUACUCUGGAACUCAGACUGUUAAUGUCCAUAGCAAGGAGACAAAGGAGACAAACAAACUCAAUAAAGAAAAAUGAACACAGCACAGGCAGUAUUAAUGAUUAUGUCUGUAAACCCAAGGGUACAUUAACAUCAGUAUUAGGGCUGUUCACGCAAUGGAAGAGCUCUGCACAGUACCCGUAAUUUUCCUGGUUACUGCAUUUUUAGAACACAAUGCACCACAUCCGUCCAUAUCCAGCUAUUCAUUUAUCCAGGAAAAUUCAUUCCAAAACGAUAAUGUGUGUCACAUUACAUAUUGACCUCAUACUGUAUCAGAACAGCUGGAUUUUUGCUAAAAGGCACAGAAAUUAUACUUUUUAUCCUCCACACAGAUUUUUGCAGUGUUAACAACCCCUUCAUUAUUGAUCUUGUGUUAGGCCAAUAUAGCUGCCAUCUAGAAGGUGAGAAGAUGAUUUACAGCUUGCUCUAAUGGUCCGCUGUUUAUCCAAAGGAAUGCGGAGCAAAAGAUUUCAUAUUCAGUGUUGUGUAUCUACAUGUAAAUAAAGUCAUCUGAUUGUAUAAAACGUCAUCAGGACACUGAACCUUACUGUCUCUCUAUCUAUAUGUGUUUGUUAAUUUAUGAAUAUCAAACCCUGACACCCUGAUUGUGAAAACACUUUAUUAUAAAAUGAUGAUGGUGCAGUUACAUGUAAGUCAAAGAGUACAAAGGACAGCUAACCUUGUUUAUAAAAUGAAUGAAAGAAGUGAUCACCUGAAUGACAGAAUGUUACCAUUAUAAAAUGUUAAUGCAGAUGUAUUUCAAAAUGUUCUUGUAGUUUCUCUACUAUUAUGUGU